GAGGACACACCGCAGGUAGAGGUCGAAGCUUAUCGUCAAUACCGAAAGUAAUAGAAAUAUCCGUUAGCGGUUGACUUACUUCUCGUUAUUGUUGUGAUAACAGCAGCAGCGGGAUGAUAUGACAGAAACAACAGAGAGCAAAGUAAACAUGGAGCAUUAUUUCAAAACGGUAGAGGAGGUGAGAAGCCUCAUUGAAAAAAUCUCCGGUCAAGCAGAGGAGGUGGAGACAAGACAUGGCGCCAUCCUCUCCUCCCCAAACCAAGACCGGAGAAAUAAAGACAAACUGGAGCUGCUGAACAGUGAGAUCAAGAAGAAUGCCAACUUGAUCCAAGCCAAGUUAAAAUCCAUGCAGGAAAACAUGGCUGUGGAGGAGAACGGUAAAACUGCCUCAGUAAUCCAGCGUAUAGAGAAGAACCAGCACUCACACCUGACGCGCUGGUUUGCUGAAGUCAUCCGGGGCUACCAUAAGUCACAAAUAUCCUUCAGAGACAAAUGCAAAGCACAAAUUCAGAGACAGCUGGAGAUCGUGGAUAAAGUGACAACAGAAGAAGAGCUGGAGGAGAUGCUGCACCGUGACAAUCUUUCCAUCUUCAUAUCAGAUAUCAACUCUGGUGCACGGUUUUCAAGCCAGGCUCUGAGUGAGAUUGAGUCUCGUCAUCAGGAUAUCAUCUCCCUCGAGUCCAGCAUCAAAGAGCUGCAUGAGGUAUUUGCUGACACUGCUAUGCUGUUAGAGAUUCAGGGCGAGUUGAUCAACAACAUAGAGAGGAAUGUGACGAGUGCUGCAGAAUAUGUAGAUAUGUCCAAAGCAGAAACCAAUAAAGCAGUCUCAUACAAGAAAAACCCAUACAAGGUAGCAUCUCUCCCAAGGUUCUUCACAUCCUUCAAGAGGCAAAGUGUUGCUAAAACUGCUACAGAUCAAAACCCCUCAGACUUAAACAAUGACUGAACUCCUAAACCUGUUUGAACAUUGACUGAACCAAACAUCCCGAUCAACAUCAGAGUCUGUGCCAGAUGGAAAAUACUCCUCUUCUGAUUGCAUCACAGUGCCUGUCUGCCACCUCAGAUGCCUUUUUUCUACGAGAUAAUGAGGAAGCUGUUAUUUUUAACCUUAACAAUGGAUUUGAACUUGAACUGCUACAAUAGUGACCUGUCAAAUGAAAAUGCCAAGGCUGUGGACAGGCCUUGCAAACCAGCUUGUGAGCAUAAGAAAUAAAAAAACCUUUAUUAAUAUUCACAGAUUCCCAGUAUGAAACACUUGCCUAUGGACAUGGCAAAAUUGCACCAUUUCCAUGACAAUAGUUAAACUGGUUAAUAAAAACCUUUUAACACACUAUCUCACUCACACUUGAGUGGUGUUCUUUUUAGUGGCCAGUAGGUGGCAUGAUAACGUCAGAUGCAGAUCUGAACCAGGAUCAUUUGCUCCCUCUGCAGUCCUGCUGGUGUUUUCGUCCGAUACUGUGUGUUUUAAUAAUACAAUAUAAUAAUGUGUAAUACUCAGAAAGAAAUGUCCGUUGUGGUGAUAAAUUGUAAGACCAUGCCUAUGCUGAAUUAAAUCUACUGUAUGU